UAUAUCUGAAACGCAAACAAUUUAAGUCAUUCUGUCAUUUUCUCUCAACAAGAUUGUUCCACCCAAUUUAGGAAUCAUGAUGAAUUCACAUUUAAACAUCUAUCAUUUAAACAGAGGAGAUACCGAAAGAGUCAAACGAGAUUCUAUCUCAAGCGAGGGUGAUGGAGUUUGGACACCGUCUCUUUGUACAAGUGAAAGUGAAAGUAGCUACAGUGACAGUGAUGAAUCUAUUGCACAGGUUCAGUUAUCGUUAGACAGAUCAAUAAAGAAUGGAUCAUCUUCCAGUGAUACCCAUGAGAAGCCAUCGCACUCUUAUAUAGCUAUGAUUUCAAUGGCAAUACUGAGUAAACCAAACAGGAAACUGUUACUCAAUGACAUAUAUCAAUACAUAAUGGAUAAUUUUCCCUUCUUCAAUAACAAAGAAAAAGCAUGGAGAAACAGUAUACGGCAUAAUCUUUCUCUAAACGAGUGCUUCCUGAAAUGUGGUAGGUCCAAUAAUGGCAAAGGCAACUAUUGGUCUAUUCACUUAGCAUGUAUAGCGGAUUUUUCAAAAGGAGACUUCAGGCGCCGAAAUGCAAGACGAAGAGCUAGAAAAAGUUCUGUAAAAACUGCCGAUGAUUCAUCUAAUAAAUUCUACACACGGAAUAAUAAUGGAUAUGUACCUAUGACAUCAUCGCAAAUUGGAUUCUACCCAUACUCAUACAAAGAAUCCUUAAUGCAUACCAAACCUCAUAACCCACAUCAAAUUAUUCAGUCUCCUGUAUCUACAUUCGAAAUGAUAAGAACGCAAUUUCCGGCAGUCAUGCAGUCGUUCGGAAGCGAUUCAUUAUUUCCCGUUUCGCAAUCAGGAGGACAAUCAUGCAUUACACCAUCCACAUACUGUACGUCGUCAUCAUUCAGACCGAGCUCGAGUUCAACGUUUUAUUCAUCUUGUCAGAUACAGAAAGAGGUUUCUGAUUGGUGAAUAAAACGUAUCUCACAUUACCAAGUGUGGGUUUUAAAUUUUGCUGCAUUUGAAUAAUUAAAAAUUAUCAAUGCAGUGUUGACUGAGUUUAGUAAAGAUACUUGAUAAUUUGUAUACGUCAGCAGCGUUGACUUACAUAAUUGCUUUGAGGAACUAAGGACAACUUUAUUUUUCAAUGAUACCGGUAAAACUACAUCGUAAACGGACUCAAAUGUUUUUGAGAGAUUGGACAAUAGGAACAGUUUAUGUAUAAAAUUCUUGCGUUUGAAGUCAAUGAAUACUGUUGUCAUUUAUCUUGGAAUCAAGACAGACCACGUGGUAUCGUUUCUACAACUGUACAUAAAAAUCAAUAAAAUUAAUUUAUAACAUUUA